AUGACUGAAGCAGAAUAUAAGAUCGGAGAGACUUUUAUGUGUCUCUACCACAACGAAAACUUCUACAACGCCAAAAUUCUAGGGAUGGAAGAAAUUGAAGGAGUGAAUCAUUAUGUAAUUCACUAUAUCGGAUGGAAUAAACGAUAUGAUGAGAAACUUCCAUUCGGAUCGGAACGGAUGUCAAAAGGAAGUGUUGGUGAACUCGGUUGGGUUGAAAGUGAAAGACAGAUUCCAGACUCUGAACAAUCUUCAGAUUCCCAAAGAUUUGAUGUCGGAGAGGAGUUUGUACUAAUGUCAAGAUAUAAAGUACCCUAUACCGCUAAUGUCGUCGAAAUCAAACAGAUUGAGAAUCGGAAUUAUUAUGUAGUUCGAAUUCAUGGAUGGGCUCCGGAAUAUGAUGAAACUUUGGCUUUUGGAUCGAUAAGAAUGUUGAAGGGUACUGUACAAGAGUACUACAGUCGGAGAGCCAGAAUUCGCAAUGAUUAA